AUGGCAGCUCUGGCUGAGCCCCUAGGUCUGGAAAGAGAUGUGUCUCGCGCUAUCGAGCUGCUGGAGAGGCUACAGAGAAGUGGAGAGGUGCCACCUCAAAAGCUACAAGCCUUACAGCGGGUCCUACAAAGCAAAUUUUGCUCAGCAAUACGUGAGGUCUAUGAGCAGCUGUAUGACACCCUGGAUAUAACGGGUAGCGCAGAAAUAAGAGCUCAUGCAACUGCAAGGGCUACAGUUGCAGCUUUUGCAGCAAGUGAAGGCGUAGCCGAUCGCCAUGGAGGCCUCAAACGGGGUGAUCAGCUGCUAUCAGUUAAUGGAGUGAGCGUGGAAGGUGAGCAGCACGAAAAAGCUGUUGAGCUUCUCAAAGCAGCACAGGGGACAGUGAAGCUGGUUGUGCGCUACACUCCCAAAGUGCUGGAGGAGAUGGAAGCUAGGUUUGAAAAAAUGAGGACAGCUCGUCGUCGUCAGCAGCAGAACAGUUACACGUCCCUUGAGUCUCGAGGGUAACCAGCCUUAUUGGAAUGUGUUCAAGAAGGCAUAGAAUUCUUCAGUUCUCCACCUAUAUGAAAUGAUCCAGUUAUUCUAAAUUCUGAUCUGUGUACAGUAUUUAUUUGAGUUUUAUUUAAUUCACUUCUCUGUGUGUAUAUAGGAUUGUGUUAAUUUGUGUGCUCCAAUAUGUAUGUGAGUAGCAGAUUUUUAUGUACAGUCUAGUAUCUAUAAAUAAGUCCGGGAGUUACUAUGUGGUAUGUUUUAUUUGUGUGUGUCUGUAUUUAAUACUGUUGACAUAUUUGCACAAAAUAUUCUGUUGACUAUCUUUUUAUAUGGUGCUGAUGUGCUUUCUCUUAAAGGAGCACUAAGUAAGUGUUCCUCACUCUCAGAUGUUGCUCCACAGUUGUCCAAAAGGGGAGGGGCAAAUGUUGACAUUUCGCUCUUUAACUAUCUAUAUAUACAUAUACUGUAUAUGUUAACAUUAUCGUUUUUGUGCCCUCGAAUGCCCAAAAAAUACUUACAUCUGAUUUAUCUUUUAAUCUGUUCUAGUUCGUGUGUAUCUUUUUCUUUUCUUUUGCACUCUAUAUGGUAAUAACAUGGA